GCGUGCGUGAUGACGUUUCAGCCUCUCGCGGACCCCGGAAGUGCAACUUGAACUGGUUCGGGGCGCGGAUCCCGUGAGAGAGAAAGUGACUACGACCGCACGAGGGAGUUCGCCCGGGCGCUCUAGAAGGCCACGCCUCCUCCCGCCUCCCCCCGCAGCCCCGCAGCCCUGCAGCCGCGGGCAGAGCUCAGACUGUCUUCUGAAGAUUGAUGUCUAUUUCCUUGAGCUCUUUAAUUUUGUGUCCAAUUUGGAUAAGCAUGGCACAAAUCCAGCAGGGAGGUCCAGAUGAAAAAGAAAACACUACAGCACUGAAAGAUUUACUAUCUAGGAUAGAUUUGGAUGAACUAAUGAAAAAAGACGAACCACCUCUUGAUUUUCCUGAUACCCUGGAAGGAUUUGAAUAUGCUUUUAAUGAAAAGGGUCAGUUAAGACACAUAAAAACUGGGGAACCAUUUGUUUUUAACUACCGAGAAGACUUGCACAGAUGGAAUCAGAAAAGAUACGAAGCUCUAGGAGAGAUCAUCACAAAGUAUGUAUAUGAGCUUCUGGAAAAGGACUGUAAUUUGAAAAAAAUAUCUAUACCAGUAGAUGCCUCUGAGAGUGAACCAAAGAGUUUUAUCUUUAUGAGUGAGGAUGCUUUGACAAAUCCACAGAAACUGAUGGUUUUAAUUCAUGGUAGUGGUGUUGUCAGGGCAGGUCAGUGGGCUAGAAGGCUUAUUAUAAAUGAAGAUCUGGACAGUGGCACACAGAUACCAUUUAUUAAGAGAGCUAUGGAUGAAGGAUAUGGAGUAAUAGUUUUGAAUCCCAAUGAAAACUAUAUUGAAGUAGAAAAGCCGAAGAUACCUGUACAGGCAUCUUCGGAGAGUUCAGAUGAACCAGCAGAAAAACGGGAAAGAAAAGAUAAAAUCUCUAAAGAAGCAAAAAGGCGACGUGAAUUCUAUGAGAAAUAUCGUAACCCUCAAAGAGAAAAAGAAAUGAUGCAGUUGUAUAUCAGAGAAAAUGGCUCUCCUGAAGAACAUGCCAUUUAUGUAUGGGACCAUUUCAUAGCCCAGUCGGUGGCCGAGAAUGUAUUUUUUGUCGCUCACAGCUAUGGAGGACUUGCUUUUGUUGAACUGAUGAUUCAACGAGAAGCAGAUGUAAAAAACAAGGUAACUGCUGUAGCGCUGACAGACUCUUGUCACAAUGUGUGGCAUCAAGAAGCUGGCAAAACGAUUCGAGAAUGGAUGAGAGAGAACUGCUGUAAUUGGGUCUCUAGCUCAGAACCAUUAGACACAUCAGUGGAGUCCAUGCUGCCUGACUGCCCCCGAGUUUCUGCAGGCACGGACCGUCACGAGCUCACUUCCUGGAAGAGCCUCCCGUCCAUUUUCAAAUUCUUCGCCGAAGCCUCGGAGGCCAGGAGCAGCUCCCAGAAGCCGGCGCUGGCGCGGCGCUCGCACCGCAUCAAGCACGAGGAGCUGUGAGCGCGGCGGCGGGCGGACUCCCGGCCCCUCAUUAGAUGGUUUUCUUCCCAGAGCACGGGGUCGCGAUAUAUGCAUCUAAAUAGCGUUUUGCAUUAUUUCUAGAUGAGUGCAACUGUCAAAGCAAUAUGGGUUCACCGGCCGCGCUUCCUGCGGGCCGCGCCGGGCUCCGCGCCGCCGUCCGCGCGCAGAUUGCGGCUGACAGCGCCCGCCCCGCGCCGCUAAUUGCCGGCCCGGCCGCGGCCGCGGGCGCCGGCGUCUGCGCGGUCCUCCCACCCGCUGCUGCGCAGCCGCCGCUCCCUCCCCGCCCCGGCCAGCCCCCCUUAAUCACGUUUAUUAUUUUUUUUUUCCUCUCUCCUAGCAAAAGCAAACUUUUAUUCUACACUUCAAACUUCCCUUUUCAGUAGGUUUUUCACUGAGGGCGUCUUAUGCCUCCCCUCCCCCCCCCUCACACCCAGAAAAGCCAAAUUUAAAUUCAGAGCAUGAAUGCCAUGAUGUACUGUAUGUAGUUUGGGGGAGCGCAAAUUGUCCUCUCCCUAACGAUCUAUUUUCAUUUCCAGACCAGAAGAAACACUUUGCAUUAAAAAAAAAAUCUAUGAAAUUCUGAAUGCACAUUACCGCUGAAAAUCUUUGCCAGUUGAAUAUGACUUUUUUUACACAAGUCUCUAAUUUCACAAGAGAUCAUUUAAACCAAAACAUAAGGAGGAACAAGUCUUUUAAGUGUAUCUGUGAAGGCCCCCUUUUCAAUGGGAUUUCCAACUUUGUCAUUAGAAUUGACUUUACUUUUUAAAAAUGUAUAUAUAUUGAGUGGCAUUGUAAUUUAGAUAGCAUACUUAAGUUUUGCUUUUUUUAAAUCUUAAUGCGGAUAAAGUUUGUUUUUGUUGUUAAUCCUAACUAGUAUGAUCUAUUCUGAUCUUUCAUGGAGUUAGACCCUUUUAGGGACAGAAUUUUUACCGUAGUCAGGAAAAUGUACCUGUGCAUUCUUGAGCCUUUCCUUCUGGAAGGCUAAGUGGGCUAAAAUGACUCUUAGUUUUCUGCUCCAAGAGAAAGGGAAAGACCUGAUGUGAAAGAGUUUCUCCUCUCAACCCAGUGAUACAACUUUUAGCAGUCCACUUCCUCUGAAGGGUUUUGCCCUACAGUUUCAACUAUUAACUAUUUUAAUCCAGCUAAGAUCUGGCCAACACUGUGAAAUAUAAGAGGUAAAAUAAUAUUUUGCUGACUUUUACAUUCAAAUAUUAAAUCUUAACACUAUCAUUUUAAUUACAUGAAGAAUUUAAUUACCCAGUGAGGAACUGUUUCUAAUAGAUGAAGAUCUGAAUUUAAUCUUCAUUUGUUUGUGAAGUAUAUGCAACAAUAUGACUGCCUUACAUGAGGACAUGAUAAAAUGUACCCAAAUACUUACAAUUGUCCGCCUCCUCAGAAAAAAAAAACAAUUUAAAAUAACCACCUCAUGAAUAAAAUUAUUUUAUAUUAUGAACUGAUUUCAGCAACAUUUUAAAAUUGAUAACAUCUUUUUUUGGUAUACAAGUAUAAUUAUUAGUUCCUAUAGUUUUAAGAAUGGCAAAUUAAAGUGAUAUUUUUCAGUGAUCAUAUAUGCAUAUAUUUUGCAUGUUAGUUUAGCAGAAACAAAUAGGAAAAAUCAAAACAUCAUAUUAUCCAGCUUCUGGAUAACUUAAAAUGUGUAACCCCAACAAUGGCAAGCCCUUUGGUCUGCAGUCUUUUCUAGGUCAGAAGUAAUGGUGAACUGUAUGAAAGAGUGGUAAUUCCCAUUGAGAGGAUUUGAGAAUUGAUGUAGAUUGAAUCUAUUUUUCAAAGUGUUAUAAAUUGUGUUUUCAAAACAUGAAAAUAUUCAUGGGAAACUAAUUCUGUUGUCUUUUUU